AUGGACCAAAAAGAGACAGGACUCGACGACACUCAUCCUGAGGGAUAUCGACCCUGGCACGAUGGUGACGGGGGAGAAGCAGCAAGCCACGACGCUCCAGAUGCGCUCCUGGCGGCUGAUGGGGACGAUCAGUCGCGCGACUCAAGGUCAAAGCCCAAAGAGUGCCUCUCUUCGCUUGCCUCUAAGCUACACCUCGGCCAUCAGGAGCAAAAUUCCCCUUCCUCCUCCUCCUCGAUCCCACGACCGCAGACACGUCGACACCACUCUCACCGUCUCCGCGACCUCUGGCAUGUCCACAGCGAAGCCCUUGCUGACCUCUCAGAUUCCACGCUCUACCCCGAGCUCGACUGGGAUGCUCACUUGAGAAGAGAGAACACUCUCAGCAAGGCUGAGGCCGAUUCUUUGCUUAAGCGCAAGGAGCGCAUUGCACAGUCGGAGGCGUUCCGACAGCUCGCGGGCGUGAAAGAGGGAGAGGUAGUGCAGCCCAAAGAUGUGCCUACAGUCAGCUUGGGCGGGUCAGGCGGAGGGUACAGGGCUAUGCUUGGAUUUCUUGGAUUCAUCGAAGAGUUUCAGAGGGAAGAAAGUUCCAUCUGGCCCCUCUUCAGCUAUACGUCUGGCGUGAGUGGAUCAUGUUGGACCCUCGGCACCCUCUAUACCGUCGGUCGCAUGGACGCAGCGUACCUCUUCGAUCACUUCGCCCUUACCUCUUCUCGACACCCGCUCAGUCUGGCCGCCAUAGAUGCAGUAGCCCGUUCGGCAAAGGGGACGUACUUUCAGCUUGGGCCCCUUCUACAGAAGUUGCACCUGAAGCACCUUCAUCCGGGCCCCUUGGAUUUAUAUGGCACGCUCUUGACUAGCCAUCUGUUGCUCAAAAGCAAGGACGAAGGGCAGGAGGAGGAGGAGCCCUGCUUGAAGCGCGAGUGGUACCAAUGGUCCCGCGUCUUCGAAAGAUGCCGUAUCGAUCAGGGAGAGCAACCCCUGCCAAUACUGACUGCGGUCAGGCAUGAACGUCCAUGGAAAGAUUGGAAAGCCCCUGGCGAGCAACCUUUCGCCUCGUCGAACCACAUGUCCGCCGAGCACCAAGCCGCAGGCUCGCGCACCUGGUGGCAAUGGUUCGAGCUUUCCCCCCUCGAAUUUGGCAGCGAUGAGCUCGAAGGUUGGAUCCCUGCUUGGUCCUUCGGGAGACGCUUCGACGGUGGCAAGUCCACUCAACGUCUACCAGAGCGUUCUUUCUCCCUCCUCCUAGGUAUGUGCACCUCGGCUCCGGCCGGUCCUCUCUCAGCGUGGCUACAGACCCUCUACCGCAAUCUACCUACCGGCAAGUUCGGCGAUUGGCUGAGGAAGGAGACAGACGAGUGGACUGCGGAGCACCCUGAACAGACGGAGAAGAUCCAGGCGCACCAUCCAGUACAUGCGAUGAACGAGGCUAAUCCUUUCUUCGGGGCUGAGAAGAAGGAGGGGAGGGGAGAAGGCUUCGAGAACUCGCCGAGGAUUCACCUGAUCGACGCCGGGAUCUCGAACAAUCUGCCGCAAGUGCACUUCAGACCUGGCAGAGAAGUGGACGUUGUGGUCAUGUGUGACUACUCGAGCGAUGUGCAGAGCGGAGGGGCGGUUCAGCGCUUGGUGGAAUACGGGAAGGAGAGGGGUUACGUGGUCAAAAAGGCAAGCGCGGAUGGCGAGCGGGCCACGAAGGGUGGUACCGGCGGUGAUGCGGCAUCGAGCGAGAAGCACGACGCGAAAGGCGAUGAGCACACACCUACUGCCGAGGAGAUAGCGCAACGCUUUGCAGGCCAGUACGCCCAGACACUCACGCUCCAUCCGACACACACCGGCUCAGGCGCCGCCGAGACCAGCGCCGUGUACAACUCUCGCCACCAGCCGCAGCUGCUACACGAGCAGACGAUGGUUUACCUGCCGCUCCUACCUCAUGCCGUGCAGCCUGGCUACGACCCCUCUACGGCCCCGUUCAGCUCUAGCUACAAUCUGACUUGGACCGACGAGCAGGUGCAGACCAUUCGAAAGACGGCUCGCGCUUGUGCUCGCGAGGGCGUGGUGGCGGUCAGGAGCGCAAUACGGGCAGCGUAUGAGAAGCGGAAGAGCGAGAGGAUGGAUGCUGAGGCGAGAAGACGAUACGCAACGCACGCUGGAGCAAGCUAA